UCCACGGCUCCUCAUUCACUGGAAGAUGGCGGACUGCGCUCCACUAUUAGAUGAGGAACUCUCGUCUUUCGUCUUCAGUUACCUGACAGAGAACUCCUGCAGCCAGUAUGGGGAGGAGGUGUGUUCGGACCGCUUGGACACUGAUUUCCCAGACAUCGACCUCUCCCAGUUGGAUACCAGCGACUUCGACAGUGUCAACUGCCUCAACGAGCUGCAGUGGUGCACCGAUCAGCCGGCAGAUGUGUCGCCGGCCUCGAUCCGCUACGACACGGCAGAUGAACUCUUCGAGAUAGAAGAGGAGAAUGCGGCCCUGCUGGCCGCGCUGACAGACAGUUUUGAUGGCAUCGUGGAUGCCGAGGUGGGAAGACUCUCCGUUUUCCCCGCUCUGGGGGAGGAACCCAGUCAAGAAGAGGACGAUGAGGAGAGUCUUCCUCUAAGGGUCGAAGAUUUCAGCCAGUCCCUGGGGGCUGAAACAGAGGACCUCUCUUUAUUGAAGAAGCUGCUGCUGACUCCUCCAAACGUCCCCACAGGCAUCGAUGUGCACAAAGAUGGGGUCCACAGCCAUCGCUACGGCAACAGAAGUCUCCGCCUACGACCAGCCAGAGCACUGACCAAGCCUCAGAGUGAACUCCCCCAGGAGCGGAAACCCCGAGCGGUGCGCCCCGCUGGGCGCCUUUGCACCGAACUGCACCGCCACCUCACCACCGCGCAGGACACAGAGAACAGCCCCGGUCCUGAGGCAGGGGAGGAUGAAGAGGAAGAAGACGACGAGGACAGUGAGUCGGAGGAGGAUGACGAGGAGGAAGGGGAAGAGGAGGAGUCUUCCAGCAGCGAGGUUGAAGGUGCAGCAGGUGCGGCUGCUGUGCCGACAGAGCCGGCGAUGCCUCAGUUCAGCUCGGAGAAAGAACUGCAGUCAGUCGUGGAGCUGAUCACCUACAUGCACACCUACUGCCUGCCCAUGCGCAAGCAGCAGGCCUGGGAGCGCAAGGACGCCCCCAGGCCUCGAGUCAAACCCGAAGCUUCCCGCUCAGCUUCUACAAACUCUCACAGCAGAGUGGUCCUGGUGGCCGCUCCUGGGACUAUUGGGAGUUUGACUGGGACCGGUACCAGCACCCCCCGGAGGCUCCCCUUUACCAGGCGGAGGGAGAUGAAGGCCAACUCUCUUCUCCGUGAGCUCUUGCAGCAGAGCAGCUCCUUCGAUGUGAGCAAGCCUUACAGACUGCACAACCCACCCUACACCCACUCCCAGAGCCCCACCAGGGGCGUAGCGCCUGCUCCUUCUGCCCUGAUGAAUAAAUCAGCCCCGGCCUGGCCCCCCAGCUCCUCUGUCCUCAACCCAGAGCUUAGUAAAGACUCUGCCUUACCUGAGAGGACAAACUGUUCCUCUGAGCCGUCGCAGAGCCUGGACGAACCAGCAGAAACCAGCGGCUCGUUUUCAGUUCGGCGCUCCAGACGCCUGGCGUCUUUUCCUAGCCGCUUCGCGAAGAGGUUACGGCCCGGACGAGCGAGAGACGGAGCGGGGAAUGACAAGGUGGCGACAGACGAGAGAAAAGCAGGGGACAAACUGCUGCCUACCCAAGCAGGAGGGGGGACCACGACAGAAACACAGCCAGAAAAGCAAAGAUCUAGUGACGGCAGCACCACGUCAGCGCCGACCGACCCCUGCUGCCACGAAAAGCGAGCCUGUCUCUGUCUGCCCCUUAACCCAAAGUCCACAGGAGAGUCCCAGUACAACACCAGGCCUUAUGAGCAGACACUCAGUGUGGAUCUGUGCGGAACUGCAGGUCUCACCCCUCCCACUACUCCACCUCACAAACCUGUGGAGGAUGAGCUCUUCAAGCCGACAGAGGGAGGAAAGGGUGGCGGCAGCACUGAUGGAGGAGGCGAGGUGGAGUCUGUCCACCCGGCUUCAAACACCAACAACAACGUUGCCACCAAGGCGUCGGCCUGGUUAAGUCGUUCCCACCACCAGCGGAAGCUGCCAGAGCAGACGGAGCUGUACGCUCAGCUGCGGCGGAUGGGCCAUGCCAGCAACACCCAGCGUAACUUCGGUGAUCACGACUACUGCAUGCUAAGCCUCGGCGAGGGCUACAAACAGAAUGCAACCGUGCUCGGAGCCUUUUUGCGGCAACAAGAAGGAAGCGAGGACGAUAUCUCCCAAGCACCCAAAGCAGCUGCUGAUCCAGUACCGGAGAAAAAAGACAAAGAGAGCAAGGAGGAGAGGCUGGUGAUGGCGGAGGUAGUAGAAACACAGGAGCAGCAGAUGACCAUGAUGAUAUCAGUAUCACCUCCAUCAGACUGCCAGUCAGUUGCUGCCACGCCUCCAGCCUCUGAGGAGGAGGCAGAGUGUUCCUCAGCAUCCCGCUCACCUUCACCCAUACUCUACAUGUGUCCCGACUCCCCCUCCAGCAAGACAGACUCCAGUGAGAACUCUGAGAGCUGUCCAGACGACAACCAGAGGAACAAAACUAACUCUGACGAGGACAACUGCCAGGUGUUUUACAUCCACCACCUGCCUAACAGGGUGACGGAGAACAUGCUGAGGAAACGCUUCCAGGUUUUUGGCAACACAGAGGACUGCAAAGUCAUCAUUUGUAACGAGGAGCGCUGCGGGGUGAUAAAGAUCCGCCAGUCGGGAGCCCAAAAGCAUCGGAGAGAACGCGAGAGUGUUUUCCAGAAUGCCCCUGCAGGUCUGAGGCGGCUGACAAGAAAACGCUACAUAGAUCUUGACGAGGCAGGCCCUGGUCCUGUCAAGAGUAAGUAUGAUGCGUUGGACUUUGACACUCUGCUGAAGGAAGCCCAGAAGUCCCUGCACCGUUGA